GUGCUGUACGUAAUAUAUUAAUACCUCGAGUAGGGUAUAUCAGUGCACAGACGAUGAAACGCUAAAUGAAUUCCAAUGAAAAUUAAGUGAUUGAUCGGGGUGAUAACGGGUGCUGCGUAGCGUAAAGCGUCCACAGAUUAAGUCGUGCAGACAGAAAAACGAGAUGAACGGUAGUGACAAUCUGGGUUACGAAAAUGGCUCGGUCAAUGAUGGUGGAAAGACAAUUGUGGAUAGAAAAGAAGAGGCCAAAUCACCGCAGUCAGUGGAAACCGAGAGAGCUACCUGGGGAAACAGUAUCGAGUUCCUCAUGUCUUGCAUCGCGUUAUCCAUCGGAUUUGGCAACGUAUGGCGGUUUCCAUUUACUGCUUACGAAAACGGAGGUGGUGCAUUUCUAAUUCCAUACAUAAUUGUGUUAUUCCUGAUUGGUAAACCGUUUUAUUAUCUGGAGAUGAUUAUCGGUCAAUUUUGCAGCAGUUCCCAUAUCAAAGUCUGGAGAAUUUCACCGGGUUUCAAAGGUGUGGGAUGGGCCCAAAUGUGUUCGCUCGCAAUCCUCGCGUCUUAUUACUGCUCGCUGAUGGCCCUGAACUUGUUCUACUUGUUUGCCUCAUUCGCCUCAGAAUUGCCUUGGGCACGAUGCCGAGAAGAAUGGGGCGAAAACUGCGUUGACUCCGGAAUAGGUCUGAAUAGAAUUUUGCGAAGUGAGACGAACUCCACAGCCAACUCAUCGUCGUUUGGAAAAACGUUGCGUUCUGUGGACCAGCAAAGCUCCGCAGAGUUGUAUUUCCUGAAGGAAGUCCUGAAGGAGUACGACAACAUAGACAACGGAAUCGGGCUACCGGACUGGCGGCUGACCCUCUGUCUUCUUGGUAGCUGGGCUUGCAUCUGUGCGGUACUUUCACGCGGGGUAAAAAGCACCGGAAAAGCUUCCUACUUCCUCGCGAUAUUUCCGUAUGUCAUUAUGAUAGCGCUCCUAAUCAGAGCCUCGACCUUGGACGGCGCGGGGAACGGGAUCCUCUUCUUCAUCACUCCAGACUGGGAAAAGAUUCUCGACCCACAAGUUUGGUACGCGGCCAUUACUCAGUGCUUCUUUUCGCUAUCGGUCUGCUUCGGCUCGAUCAUUAUGUACUCCUCCCAUAACGAAUUCAGACACAACAUUUACCGAGACGCGAUGAUUGUCACGACCCUCGACACCUUCACAAGCAUGAUGGCCGGCUGCACCAUUUUCGGAAUAUUGGGAAACCUAGCCUAUGAGACUGGAAGUGACGACAUCAGCACUGUGGUUCGCGGAGGAACUGGUCUGGCCUUUGUUUCUUAUCCAGACGCAAUUGCAAAGUUCAAUACUGUACCUCAGCUUUUUUCGGUUUUGUUCUUCACGAUGAUGUUCGUUCUGGGCAUUGGCAGCGGCGUAGGGAUGAGUUCUGGUAUUAUAACCGGGCUAUGCGACCAGUUCCCGAACCUUAAGCGCUGGCAAGUUAUGAUUGGCACUGCUGCAACAGGUUUUGCUUUUGGAACAGUUUACGUCACUCCCGGUGGCCAGUUCAUCUUGACUCUUGUAGAUUACUACGGGGCUUCCUUCAUUGUCUUCAUCUUAGCCACCUUCGAAAUUAUAGGCAUCAUUUGGGUUUACGGCUUGGAAAACUUCUUGGAAGACAUAGAAUUCAUGCUGGAUAGAAAAGUCGGAAUGUACUGGCGCCUCUGCUGGUUUCUUAUAGUGCCAUUAGCUCUGAUCGGUGUCUUCAUUUACACCACCAUAGAGAUGACCCCGUUGACAUACGGUGAUGUGGCAUUUCCACCGAGUGCCCAUGCUGCUGGAUGGACACUGACUGCUAUUGGAGUUUUACAAAUACCCAUUUGGAUGGCGAUAGCGCUCAUGAAGUAUAAAAAUUUGUCCUUCAAAGCGAUGGUGCAAUCGGCAUUUCGACCGGCAGCUAAGUGGGGCCCUCGACUAACGCAUCAUCGUCAAGAAUGGCUGAUUUUCAAGGAUGAAAAAGCCAGGCAAGGAGAGAGCAGGACGCAAUCGUGGUUUGUCCAAAAACUCCACGUACUGUUCAACAUUGAAGAGACUAAAUCCAAAACUUAGCCAUGCGUCAUAUUCGAAGAAUCACGAGAGGGCACUAUGGUGCAUAUCUUACGUUUCGAAAUUGCAUACAGCUACAAGCCCGCUCUCAAUGCUAUUCACAGCGAGCUAUUCUAGGAUUUUUUAUAAAGUGGUAGGUACAUCAACCGCAUGAAAGUCAGUCAUCAUAAUUUGAAUUGAUCAAUUAGCAGCAUCACCGAAUUAAUUUUUAAUCCA